UACGUAUGUAUGUAUAUAAAUAUAUGUGUUUACUUGCUCUUAAAUAUCAUCACUGCCACUGUCACUUACAAUGUAAUAAGUCCAAAUGUUUCCUUGUUAUUGAACUUCCAUUAUUUUAUUGCGUUCAUGCCAUAUCCGCUUGCAGAAGAUAUUAUUUAAUUUUGUUUCUCUAACUCCGGUAUUUCUGUACACUUGUAUACACACACACACACACACAAUCUUCAUCUGUUUGUCUCUAUACAAACACAUAUAUUUAUAUAUUCUCACACACACACAUAUGUAACACAGACUGAUAUCAAUACAUACGCGUACACAAAGACACUAUUACAAACUGACACAAAUUACAGGCUGACAUUUCGUUGUUACUGUGGUGGUGAUAGUGUUGUUCUGUGACAGUGUUCAUUCUGACGCCGAGGAGACAGAGAGUAGCAUGUAUCUCUGGAGUCCGUUCACCUUCUAUACAUUUUGGAUUGGGCUCUUUUUCUGUGUGGCUUUUGCAGGCGUUUAUGUAUUCGUGUUGCUGUUGACAGUGGGAUGGGCCAUUCUCUGGUGGUACCAUAUUCCCCAACUGCCCGAAGAACGGGUGACAUGUGUCCUCGGUUCACUUAAUUCUACCAGCGGUUCAGUAGAACAAUGCAGUCCACAAAACAUCAACUGCAAUUCAGACGAACACGGCGACAGACGUAGCAUCGCAGCACCGUUUCUAGUCGCACAUCGUGGUGGUGCUAUUGAUGCGCCUGAGAACACCAUCGAAGCUUUCAAAAUAGCUAAGAAAAAUGGUGCAGUUGCUGUAGAAUUUGACCUUGAAUUUACUGGAGACUGUUAUCCUAUUGUUAUGCAUGAUGAUACCCUUGAUCGCACCACAAAUGGAACAGGUUUUGUACGUGACCACACCCUCGAAGAAAUUCUUGACUUGAAUGCUGCAGCUAAACAUGAACACAGAGCCAGUUAUGGAAAAGUGAGGGUCCCACAACUGGAGGAAGCUGUUAUGGUUUGCUUACAAUUGAAACUAAAAAUGUUUAUUGACUGCAAGAGGAGUGCAGCUGAGACUGUUGUUGUUCUCAGUCAGUUGUUUACCAAGUACCCAAAUCUUUACAAAGAAGCUAUUGUGUGUUCUUUCUACCCCAAUAUUAUCUACAGGGUGAGAAAAGCAGAUCCAAAUAUUUUGACUGCUUUAACUCAUAGACACCAAAUUUAUUCUAAAUGUUUCAUUGAUGGUGAGGAGCGACAGAAAACAUUCUGGCGGCAGAUAAUAGCACGACCCAUAGACAUUAUUUUAGAAGUUGGUCAGUAUACAUUUCUGUGGUAUCUCUGCGGUAACUCAGCAUUUCUCAUGAAUAGGGACACAUAUUCUGGGUUAUACCAUAAUUUUUGGAAGAAGCGUGGUGUACGUGUGUUUGUCUGGACAGUUAACGACCCUAAUGAAAAGCAAUAUUUUCUGAAAACAAGACAGUGUAGUGUCAUUACUGAUAGUCUGCUAUAACAAACAUGCUCUUAGGCAAUCAUUCAUUGAUGACAUAUUGAUACUGUAUUUGUUUUCUCUAUGCAUUCACUGCUCAUUUGAGCAUACCACUGAAUGUAGUAUCAAUUGUGUGGACAUGGCCACAAGGACUUGUCAUUCUAUACCAGUAUGACAUCAUGACAUUAUUUUUAGGACAUACAAAUAAAUCUAGAAUGAAUUCAUUCUAGAUUUUCUUUAUUUUGAUAUACCAUAUUUUUGUGAGCAAAAGAUAAAAAUAAAAGCUAUUGUCUAUUAA